AUGUCUUCUACUACUCCUAAGACUAUCGCGCUCAACCCUGGAUAUCGUGGCUUCGUUGUCAUCGUCGUCCACGCUGGUUACAAGCAGCGCGUCUUCCUCGACGUGCGCGACAUCCAGAACACUCAGAUCACCUCGGCCACAUUCGAAGGACAGGGUGCCAAGGCGUACGCUAAGAACAAAUUCGACAACAGGCUCCAUUGGUCCUUUGGACCGUUCGAUUACAGGGCCACCCUCUCCGUCAAGAUAACCCACAUGGAAGCAGGCGACCGCCUCGUCGACUCCAAGAUGUACGGACCGCUCGAGGUCGACAAGCAGCCCGAGCCUGACUAUCCUAUUAAGUUCUGCCAAUCAAUGGUAUUUUCCGAGGAUGCGACCGACAACGACCGCGACGAUUGCAUCGUUUCGGUUCUUCAGUACCUCCAAUAA